AUGACGUCUUCAGCCGGAUUUCAAGACGCGUUCUCUGCAAACUCUGGCUCUGAGGUGGAUGACUCGGCGGUGACUCAUCUUGGGUGCGGUGGAAGUGGGGCUGAGUUUUGGGGGGAUUCUGUUGAGUCGACUCAGACCGAAUUGGUCCCGGGUUACACCGCCAUAACAACAACAGCAACAAUGGCGGGAUUGCUUCGCCAAAAGUAUUUGGUUGGCAAUGGAAGUUUCUUUCGAUUCUCCCCUGCUUUGGCAAUCCCACAGCUUGUUAUUCAUUGGUUUUGUUUGGUUGCAGUUGUAGCCCAAAGUAGACCAAAUGAUGAUGAUGAGGACGAUGAUGAAGACGACGAAGACGAUGAAGAGCAGCAAAUGCAGAUAAAAGAUGAAACAGAAACCAACCUUAUAAAUCUCCGAAGAACUAUAUAUUUAACAAUUAUGUCCAGUGUAGAUUUUGAAGAAGCUGGCCACAAAUUGCUGAAAAUCAAACUUGAGCCUGGGCAAGAGAUGGAGUUGAAUAUAAUAUUAUUGGAGUGCUGCAGCCAGGAGAGGACAUAUCUCAGAUAUUAUGGUCUGUUAGGCCAAAGGUUUUGUAUGCUCAACAGAGUGUAUCAGGAGAAUUUUGAAAAGUUUGAUUUUCCCAAGUUGAUUUUCGGAUAAUUGCAUGUUUUUUGGGUUGAUUGUUCCUGGGAAGAAGAGAGAGAAAUAUCAGAAAUUGUGUUUUUUUGGGGUUUAGCAGCUUUCGUAGCUAAAUAGACCUGAUUUUAGCCUAAUUGAUGUUGUUUG